CGUUAGUCGGGCCUAGCCAUACCUUUAGACUCGCUUUACGACUCGGCGUAACUUAUGUCCACGAUCCUGAGAUCUUGACCGCCGAACGACGCCACAAGCCCGAUUGUAUGAGUGUAAUGUAAAGGUAUUGCCCGUCAGCUCCUGAGGGAGAUUCGUAUAUGGCUCUCACAGAUGUCAAAUGACCUUUAUCCACGGAGGUCUUCAUGUCCCCCCCCCUCCGCCUCUCCUCUCCAUUAGACUUUCCUCAAAAGGCGUCGAGUUAGGCAAGUGAUCCCUGCAGCCUCGUAGGACAUGGUGUACUGCUGUAUCGCCAUACAUUGUCAGCCCUUCCGUCCCCACUGCGCGACUUGAUCAAACAAUCAUGUCCGAGGACUACCCGUUCGAUAUCCUACAUCCUCAUCUUCGUCGCAUCACGACGAGCGACCCCAGCUGCCAGGAAUGGUUUGGAAGAGGUCUGACGUGGAUAUACGGGUUCAAUCACGGCGAGGCUAUGCGUUGCUUCUCCAAGGCGUUGGAGCAUGACCCUCAUUGCGCAAUGGCCUACUGGGGCAUGGCGUAUUCGAUCGGGCCGAAUUUCAACAAGCCAUGGAGACUUUUCGACGCCGAGGACAUGCAAGUCGCUCUCGCCUCAGCGAGACGGAACAUCGAGCAGGGUUUACGAUACGUUGAAGCGGCCUCGAUCCCAGAACAGGCGCUUGUCCGCGCUCUAGCGUUGCGCUUUGCUGGACACGAGAGAUCGAUCGACCCGACCACAUCGGACAAGUGCUACGUACAAGCCAUGCGAGAAGCUGCGAUUCAACAUCCUACAGAUCUCGAUAUCAUCGCUCUCUAUGGCGAGUCCAUCCUGACGAUGAUACCGAAGACGGUCUGGAGCGAAAAGAGUAGUAACGGAGAGGCAUUGUCUCUCGCCCAUGAGCUCGACGUCAAUUUCGAACAGGCAUUCAGUGUUGAGGGUGCGAUGACUCACGCAGGGCUCAAUCAUAUGUACAUACACCUAUUGGAGCGAUCGCCUCAUCCGGAAAAGGCAGAGCCAGCUGCUGAUCGGCUUCGCGACGGGAUCAGGGAUGCCGGACAUUUGCAACAUAUGCCUGCCCACAUCGACAUCCUACUUGGUAAUUACGGCCUCGCCAUCACUGCCAACGCCAAUGCCGUCCGAGCGGAUGAAAAGUUUUCGGAGACUGGCUUGAAUGGCGGUCCGAUGUUCCCCUUUUACCGGGCGCACAACUGUCAUUCGUUGAUCUAUGCUGCGAUGUUGGCUGGCCAGUAUGCGGUCGCCCUCGCGGCGACUGAAAAGCUCGAAUGCGCAUUGCCCGAGACGACCUUGCGAAUCGAAUCACCUCCCAUGGCGGACUGGUUGGAAGCUUUUCAUGGCGUUCGCGUCCACGUCUUAAUUCGAUUCGGCAAGUGGAGCGAGAUCUUGCGUCUGGCCAUGCCAAAAGAUCCAACGUUGUACAGCGUCACGACCGCUACCUUGUGGUACGGUAGAGGAAUCGCCCAUGCCGCCCUGGGCAACAUCGACCAGGCUUCGGAAGCUCGCGAUCGUUUUCUCGAAGCUUGCGCACGUGUCCCCGUCUCGAGGAUGGACUAUCCCAAUAAAUCCCGGGACGUCUUCAAGGUCGCAGAAGCGAUGCUCGACGGCGAAUUGCAAUAUCGGUGUCAAUCGUACGAAUCCGCUUUCGCCUCGCUGGAAAAGGCGAUUGCGCUCGACGAUGCUCUGGUCUACAGUGAACCUUGGGCUUGGAUGUUGCCUUCGCGACAUCCCUACGCUGCACUCAACCUCGAACAAGGUCAUACCGAAGAAGCCCUUGUAGCAUAUCGAAUGGACCUAGGCCUGGAUGAUCCCGCGAAGACCAACGGUGUCCACCAUCGGCGCCAUCCGAAGAAUAUUUGGGCUCUGACCGGAUAUGUCGACUGUUUGAAAAGGCUCGAACGAUGGGAAGAAGCAGGAUUGGCAGAGACAUGGCUAGAGAAAGCGGCUCUCGGUUCAGACAUAGACAUCAGGUCGUCGUGUUAUUGCAAACGCGGCUUGAUCAGCAGCAUCGGCUGAUCUGCGGGACGAAGAAGAUGUUGUACGAGCGGCGAGAACAGACAGAAGAAAACAAUUGUUUAUCACAAAUUGAAUUACAU